GUAAAAGAAGCUUGGAAAAAUAUAGAUCCAGAACUUAUUAAAAGAUCAUUCAAUGUUGUGAAAAAUGAAAUUAUAGCAUUAAAUGAAGCUACUAAAUUGGAUGAAGUUACAGAAUUGGAUGAAGAUAUAGAAAUAGAUAAUACUGGUAUAUAUAAAGCUUCAGAAGAUGAGAAAAACAAAUAUUAUGCUAAUAAGAAUGAAUCUGUUAACUGUUUAGUAGAAUCUCAAAAAAUCAAUAUUCUCAAAAAUAAUCUUAAAAAUAUUAAUUUAGAUGAAAAUAAUGAAGAGGAUAGUAAUUUAGAAUGA